CGCAUCCCAAUGAUUUUUAAGCUCUGUAAUAUCAUUCUCAGAAAUCCCUGAUAUUGAUGAUGUAUAACGUCGGUCGGGAAUAGCAUCCCGGGCUUGACGCACGUGGUUCGGCGUUCGCUUCCCCGGCAGCGGGGCGGCGCAGGGGCGGAAGCUACCCAGGAAACUCCUUGAUGUGCAGUGGAGGCCGAGAACGACUCGGCUCUUGGAGGCCAGGGAUGAGAUCAUCAAGGGAGGACGGCUGUAGCGUGGUGGUAGCAGCCCAAACGCAGUGGGCAGUUAAACGCCCAGCGCUUAUCUCCGCGGUCGUGGGCGAUAGCUCUCUUCAGAUAUAGAGGAGGUCGCAUGAAAUUUUCCCCAUCAAGCCAGACGGCAUGGUUUACCAAAAACCAAAACCAGACGAAACACGCCUGCCCCUAUUUCUCGCCGCGGAUUCGAGAUUUCCUGCCAGUGCAAGGGGACCGUUCAUCCUGCACCUCGAUAUUGAAUUCGUAAUAAAGUGACCUCAGAUCCAGGCCAUAACAGACGGACCUACCACCUAGGUUUACAGUAGCUACCAGCCCAUCUUCAAAGUUGGGUUCCCAUCACAACUGAAAGUCUUGGUUACCUUACACAGUGCAGUGCAUUUCAACCAAACACUGUGCUUUGAGAGACAUGGACAAUACUGAUAAGUCAACUCUGCGCCUUUUAUUCGCAUCUUGGGAAAUCCAGUCGUAUUUCCUUUACUGCUGACUCUCAUCCAAGACAUUGCAAAUAUUGGCGGCAAACCAGCCGUUCUCUAGAAAUCAUUGGUGAUUGUGCAGUGGCAGUUGGCGGGUGGAGGGCACCUUGAUGGGACGUGCCCCUGGCUCAUCCCCUGUCCCCUCCCAAUCGCAGGGGAUCACGGACAACCACCCCUCCUUUGUGCCUCGUUUCUCUCUUCGCAGCCCAGGCCACCUCCUGGAACCCCACAUUGACUGCCACUGACCGUCCGCGACACUCAGUCUUAGGAAACGUCCACAUCCCCCCGAUUUUUUCUGAAUGAAACCUCCUUCUCCGCUGCCAUCGCUUUAAGGCCUCACUCACUAUUUCUUUGAACCUGUGCUGCGCCUUGUCUGUGUCUACCUGCCUUGUAGCCUACAUAUCAUACGUAUACCGCCUCAAGGACUUCCAGGUUACAAGGACCUCUCCAACACUGUGGUUUGCCCGAUCCACCGCUCACUAAACGUGACGAGCCCAGCACCCCGAGGACGUACGCGAGAAUCCGUUGCCAGUAAUACCUAUCUUUAGUCUCGGGUAGCUCUGAGAGGGUUACCACGGAGCAACAGACUACUUUUCACCGGCGCCCGACGAACGGUCCAAAGCUGCCUGCCAGCCCCCCGAGCCCAAACUCCACCUGUGUUGCCUCCUGCCCGCAGGCAAUUGCGAUCAGGUUCGGCGCGCGCUCAGUAAUUCCAGACAAUCGAAACACAAGACUCGUCGCGAAUUCGAACCGUCUACCAUGGCUGACGCAUUCGCCCCGCGCUCUAUGAAGCGCAAGAACGUCAAGGGUCUUGCUCUGACACCUGCCGCCCCUAAGCCUCCCCCGACCGCCGAGAAUGCUCGCCCAAAGGGGGAAGACGAACAGCUAGAAAUUGGUAUCGAGUUCAACUUGGACUUGAAGCCUGAAGACCUGGAGAUCAUCAAGGAUCUUGGAGCUGGCAAUGGUGGAACCGUCAGCAAAGUCAAGCAUAUCCCGACCAACACAGUGAUGGCCCGCAAGAUCAUUCAUGUCGAGGCCAAGAAGGAGAUGCGGAAGCGCAUAGUUCGUGAGCUUCAGAUUAUGCGUGGCUGCCAUUCCGACUACAUCGUGACCUUCUACGGCGCUUUCCUGAACGAGAACAACGAUGUGAUCAUGUGCAUGGAGUACAUGGAUGUCGGCUCUCUGGACCGGGUAUCACGAGUAUUCGGUCCCGUCCGUGUGGAUGUUCUGGGCAAGAUCGCCGAGGCGACUCUUGGAGGUCUUACAUACCUCUACUCAAAACACCACAUCAUGCACCGCGACAUCAAGCCCUCCAACAUCCUCGUUAACUCGCGAGGAUCCAUCAAGCUCUGCGAUUUUGGCGUAUCCGGUGAGCUCAUCAACUCGAUCGCUGACACCUUUGUCGGUACGUCGACAUACAUGGCCCCUGAAAGAAUUCAGGGUGAGAAGUAUACGGUCAAGUCAGAUGUGUGGAGUUUCGGCUUGUCCAUCAUGGAACUGGCUAUUGGAAAGUUCCCAUUCGCCGCAGCGGACCAACUCUCUGAUGCCGAGAGCGCCCCUGCCGGUAUUCUUGACCUGCUUCAGCAGAUUGUACACGAGCCCGCGCCCAGGCUACCCAAGAGCGACGCCUUCCCUCAGAUUCUUGAUGAUAUGAUUCAGAAGUGUCUGUACAAGGAACCCGAGCGCCGACCAACCCCUCAAGAGCUUUUUGACCGCGAUCCUUUUGUACAAGCAGCCAAGAGAACACCUGUGGAUCUGAGAGAAUGGGCCUGCGGUCUUAUGGAUAGGGACAACCGCAAGUCCCAUCUGGCACCGCAGCUCUCUCCGGCUAUCCAGGAUCUCCUGCGCUCCAGUGAUUCGCCAUCGUACCCAGCACAGAAUGAGGGGGGGGUUCAGCAAACACCCACUUCAGCGUACCGACACGACCCCCGCCACGCAGCGGCAGCGGAUCAAUCAGCCUUGGCCGCGCAGGUGGAGCGAAUGUACAUCCGGGACUGGGACCGCGAGUAGCCAGCACGAACUCGGUGAUGCAGCACAGAUCCAGGCCCUCUGGCUCUGUUGCCUAUGAAGACCAACAGCCCCCUCGUCGUACCGGCUCCCCCAGCAUGGCUACUCCUCCCCAACGUACAGCUCCUCCCCCUCAGCGCACCGCCUCUCCUAGCAUGGCUCCCCCGCAGCGCACAGCGUCCCCGAGCAUGGCUCCUCCUCAACGCACAUCAUCUCCCAGUACCGCCACCAAAUCAACCACCAUGUCGUUGCCCAUGCGACCAGCUCCUCCCAGCGGACCUCUCCCUCCUGCGCCGCGAAGACAGUUAACCUCCGAGGAGCUGAGAAGAGAAAACCUACGACGGGCCAUGGGGCCGGGGUCAUCCUCAGGCGGCAGGCACUACUAAGAGAAACCACUCGUACGAGAAAAGGGUGUUUCCUUGCAUCAACAUCAUCAUCUCUUUUCAGACUUGUUUUUCUCCUCGAUUUUCACUAUUUUCUCUCAACUCACAUUUUUCUCCACCCCUGAUCUGUUCAGAAUCGUGGGCACAAAAAGAAAGAGUCUCUCCAUAGCUUCAGCGAUGAAAUAUCAGUUCUAUAUCAGCAGACCAGAUCACGUUUAUGCCGUCGCCUUCUUAAUCAAGCCAACAGCUGUCCCGACCUAACUACAACAUCACUUCUCGCCCAGCCUAAACGGGAGGAUACGGGGG